UCUAGAAUCUGGAUUAAAGCACAGUAGAGCUUGAAAACAUAGUUACAAGAGAUGAAGAUGUCUACCAGUACCACCCUGUUCAUUCUAUUCUUCAUGAUGAUCUCCUCAAGUUAUUCUGUUAACUUUUCAGCCACAAGAUCAGGUUCUCUUCACUUCAACCUUCCGGAGGUGAAGAUACCCAUAUUGUGCAAAACUCUGUUGGAAAUUCCCUUUUAUAUAGUAGAACUUGGAUUUGGUACACCGAAACAAUAUUUUGACCUCCUCUUUGACACCGGAAGUUACCUCACAUGGAUACAAUGCAAACCAUGUGAAGUUAGAUGCUUCAACCAAAAACGUCCAGUUUUUGACCCAUCUCUAUCUUUUUCCUAUGCUGCCAUACCAUGCCAUUCCAUAGACUGCUCACUAGUCAAAUCUGUAACCUACCCUAAGUUGCCAUGCUCCAUCACAUGCAAAUACUUCAUGGACUACCAUAGCGAUGUUUCAUCCAUGGGUGAUUUCGCAAGAGAAGUUUUGCAUCUGUCACCGAACAAUGUCAUACCGGGCUUCAUCUUUGGAUGUGGUCAGAACAACAGUGGUUCUCCUGAGAUAUUUGAUGGAAUUCUUGGGAUUCAAAAUAAUAUGCUGUCAUUAGUGGACCAAGCUAGCUCAAUGUAUGGUAGGGUGUUCUCCUUUUGUUUGCCUUCUGAGCCAACCUCCAAGGGGUUUCUGAUGCUUGGCGGCAGUAGAGUACUUUCACAAUUCAGAUACACACCCCUUGUGCGUUUGUCCAAUAGCGAAAGAGGCUACAACAUAAACUUAGUUGGGGUAGGUACUGUUGAUCAGAAUGUGAGUGUCCCUCACUUUCCAGUCUUAAUUGACACUGGAUCAAGGCUCAGUCUUCUCCCAAGUUCGGUAUAUGUGCCCCUCCGUUCUGCAGUCAGGAAGGCCUUGUCCAAGUAUACUCCAAUAGCUAAGGACCCUGAGAACCCCUUUGAUACCUGCUAUGAGACAAGGAGUCUUAAGGAGGGUGGGAUCCCACCAGUUGAUAUUACCCUUCAAUUUGAAGGGGGCGUAGACUUGAAAUUGCCUCAAUCUAGAGUUCUUCAGGACCUCUCUCUUGCUACUUGCAUACCCAUUGUUGAACUUAAGAAUGGUAAGUCAGGAAUUCUUGGAGGUAUUCAACUUCAGACACUGGAAGUGUUGAUUGAUGUUGCGAACAGUAGAAUGGGAUUUGCGGAAAAAAAAUGUGGCUGAUGAAACUGUCAGAAUUUCCAGUAGUAAACAGAUAGGUAUAGAUAGAAAAUGAAUCAAUUUGUAAUGAAAGGAAUGGCUCAGCUUGUAAUACAUUAGAACUAAGUGAACUGAAUGCUUUAACUGCUAUAAUUUUAAGAGGCAAAUGAAAGGUAUGCCGAACGUAUGUGAGUAUUAUGUUUCAAGCAAGUAUUUAUUGAAAGAUGUUAUUUGUUUUCA